CUUGACAGAUGAGCUCAUGUGGAUGGAUUACGAGGCGUUCCUCUUUAAAGGCGGUCCACGGGAUUAUAAUGUGCAGUUUUAAUAACACGAAUAAAUGGAUUUGAGCUCCGAGGCGCGCGCAAUGAUUUAGAUGAAGACCCUUUUUAAAAGAAAGGAAAAAAAGACAAACUUUAUCAGAGCUCAGUGAUGGUCACUGUGUAAAGACCUUGCAGAUGCGCGUGCACGUCAUAUUCUGAGAUCGCCCUUGUGUGAGUGAGAGAAGGUGUGUGUGUGUGUGUGAGUGAGAGAGAGAGAGAGAGAGAGAGAGAGAAAGAGAGAGAGAGUGAGAGAGUGUGCGUGUGUAGCAUGGCCGCGGCUCGUGCUGCAGCGUCAUGGUCCCGGAGCACGCGCCCAGCCGGGUGGCGGUGAGGAAGCAGCUCGCGCUCAUGCUGCUCUCGGCGCUCGCGACCCUCUGCGUGCUGCAGAGCCUCGCUGUGACGUCUGCGCGCGCGCCCUCUGAGGUGGCGGCUGGAAGCGCGCGGUGGAGCGCUCGCAGGACGCUGCUGAGGCCGGACGAUGACGGAGCCAAGCGCCUGCCCCAGGCCCUCAUCAUCGGCGUGAAGAAAGGAGGCACGCGCGCGCUGCUCGAGUUCCUCCGCGUGCAUCCAGACGUCCGCGCGGUGGGAGCGGAGCCGCACUUUUUCGACCGAAACUACCAGAACGGACUGCAGUGGUACAGAGACCUGAUGCCCAAGACCUUGGAGGGUCAGAUUACCAUGGAGAAAACCCCCAGCUACUUUGUGACCCGUGAGGCUCCAGCCCGGAUAUAUGCCAUGUCCCGGGACACUAAGCUGAUUGUGGUGGUGAGGGAUCCCGUCACUCGGGCCAUCUCAGACUACACCCAGACGCUGUCCAAGAAGCCGGACAUUCCCUCCUUUGAAAGCCUGACCUUCAAAAACAGGACUACGGGUCUGAUCGACACCUCGUGGAGCGCCAUCCAGAUCGGCAUCUACGCCAAGCAUCUGGACAACUGGCUGCAGUACUUUCCCAUGCGUCAGAUUCUGUUCGUGAGUGGAGAGCGGCUGAUCAGCGAUCCGGCCGGAGAGCUGGGCCGCGUGCAGGACUUCCUGGGGCUCAAAAGGAUCAUCACAGACAAACACUUCUACUUCAACCAGACCAAGGGCUUCCCCUGCCUCAAGAAGGCCGAGGGAAGCAGCAAACCCCACUGCCUGGGCAAAACCAAAGGGCGGACUCACCCCAACAUUGACCCUGAGGUAGUACAGAGGCUCAGAGACUUCUACAGGCCCUUCAACAUGAAGUUCUACCAGAUGACUGGGAGGGUAUUCGGCUGGGAUGACUGACUAAGGAAAUGGUUCAAGGAAAGACCAUACACUGUGAGAUAUGUUUGUAGUCACACUUUUAGCAGGAGAACUACACUAAUGCAGGGGGAAUUAAGGUCCUUUAAGUGUUCAUCAAUCUCACCAGCAACAGAGACAUGCUGUGCUUCAUUCUGACAAAUACCUGCCACCUCACUAUCCAGAUCUGAUAAUACAGACAAUGCUAGGAACUCACUGGAGUCCUGGAGGGCCCAAACACUGCACAUUUACUGUUUACCCUGCUCUACCACAGCUUAUUUAACUCAAUAAUGGUGUUUUGAUUUACAUAUUUAUUGGGCAUUUAUUGGAUUUGGCAGAUGCUCUGAUGCAUAGUGACAUGAAUUACUGUCAUUUCUUCUUAUGCUAGUCUAAAGGUACUAAAAGGUAUCAAGGUACUACCAGAGAGUGCAAAUAUAUCAGCAUAGGGGUGCUCAAUCCUGGUACUGGAGAUCUACCACCCUGGAGAGUUCAGGUUCAACCCAUCUGGCUCUAUUGUUUAGAUCCCCCUGUAGGCAUUCAUUACCUGGAUCAGGUAUGUUAGGCUACACUUGAAGAUAAACUCUGCAUGUUGGUAGAUCUCCAGGAUCAGGAUUGGGCACCCCUGUAUUAGCAUAUCAUUGCUAUUAUACUCUCUAUAAAAUAAAGGUCCCAUGAAUGGUUCUUUGUGCCGGGACACAGAAGAACCACUUUUGGUUCCCUAUAAAAGCUAUUAAAGGCUGGAUUUCCAUUCAAAUGUUUCAUAAAUGUUACAUGCAUUUAUGAAAUUUAGGCAGAAAAAAAGCAAAUUAAGUUGUGUUUCCAUCUACUACAAUCCAUCUACUACAAAACAAACUUUAGAUGAUAUAGGCUACCAUGAUUAGGGGCUGCCUGAAGAAUAAGCCAUUUGCCAUCAUUUUAUGAUUGUUUACAGCUCAGAGACAAUGGGCAGGGUGAGCAAUGGCCCACUGAACGAAGGCUAGUAUUGCCAUUGCUAUUCUGACAAUGUCCACUUUACAUCUAUGAAUGCAAACGCACCAGACAAUUCUGGGAGAAUGUUGUACAAAGCAACUUUUCCAGUGAGCUUUGGAUUAGGCAUUUCAGAAUGCUUAAAGCGACCUUCAAAAAAAGCUAUGCACCACGAUCGGACCAUCCGAAGGGCCAAUCAUUUCUUACUUAUGGCUUGAUAUGUCAUUGUUUAUUCAAAAAACCCUUUCCAUCGCUAUUUUUUGCAUUUCGGCUUUAGCAGUAUUCUAACUUUUCUACCUCGUCCUAGCAUAAAACUCUUUUUGCGAUAUUUGGGUGUUUUGGUUUUUUUUUUUCAAAAUUUUGGGCUUUGUCCAUUUAGGGUUUUUUUGCACAUUUUACAAAGUUCACAAAGACUGGUGGAUGGAAAACCUACUAAUAAAUUGUUCUUUGGAGAACCAUUUUUAAAAAUGAGAUAUGACUGUGACAAAUUUUAAAAAGCCUACACAUAAUGUUUCUAGGAAGAACCCUUAAAAGGUUAUAAGACCUUUACAUUAUGUAAACCUUUACAAAGCUCUUCCCACUCAAGUUCUUUGCGAGUGGCCACCAAAAGUAGUUCUGCUAUGGCAUCACCUAAAGAACACUGUGGCUUUGUUUUUUUAGAGUGUAAGAAAAUUUGACCCUCAAAUAAUUUACAGCUUUUUCCGCUACAUAUUGUUAAUAUCUCGAUGAAUGGGCCAAUAGAAAUUAUCCAAAAUCACCUGGAAUAAAAUCUCUUUAUAUUUAUGUAUAUUAAAAUUGCAAACUUUUUUUUCUGCUGGAAAGUUACCAUUUUGCCACCGAACGCCACCCACCCACCACCCCUAGGUUAAAUGCUGUAUGUUGUAAGUUAGUGGUAGAAGAGGUGAGCCAGUAACUGGAAAGUUGGGGGUUCAAAUCCCAGAACUAAUGGGGUUAAAUAUCUGGUUGUACCCUUGGGCAAGCCACUUAACCCCUACUGCUCCCUCAGGCGGCACUGCCCUCCAGGCAACACUGUGCUGCUCUCACUGUGCACAUAGAUGGACAGCAAAUUUCCUUUUGUAGGAUCAAUAAAGUACAUAACAUGCAUAAAGCAAGAAGAACAGUAAUGCUGCAGUGUGUGGACAUCCAGGACCGGAGCUGGACACUUACUCUAACACGCUGCAAAGGAGGUAUGGGAAUAACCGAGAGACUGGACCUAUCAGAACAUUGUGAGACACAGUUAUAGAAUAUUUCAAAAGGAACUAUGCAUCAAAUCUCGGUGGGUUAUGAACUAUGAAACCUCCACUGCAAAUCUGAUGAGUGCAGUUUGGCCAUAUUUUAAGAAGGACUAUCAAGCUGCUUGUACAGGUUUGCAACUUUUUAAAAGAAAAGAUGAAAAGAAAUUAUUUUUUAAAAGUUAUUUAUUUAAGAAGAAUGAUGUACACAUAUAUAGUGUAGCUAUUUUAAAUAACCUUCACUGAGAUCUCUCCUCAUCUGUAUGUAUUUUAUACCUUAUAACUGUCUUUUUCUAACCAUUUAUUUCUGUAGGUAUUUAGUUGUGCCACCUUGCAUUGUAGUUUUCACUAUUCUUUUUUCUCCUCUGGCAUUCUAGUCACUUUUGAGUUGUUUCUUAUGCCAGUUACCAUAUUUCUUUUACAGCUAGUGCAGUUUGAGAAAUAGAAGCAUGACAGAAGCUCAGUUUUCAGAGUCAUUCAGCUGAACACGGUGGAUGUUACUGUCCCAGUCUGUCUUCACGUCUCCCUCUGAGGGCCUGAGUUGCGCAGAACAAAACCACUUGUGUGACUGAUGUUGUUUCUAUUGUAUUAUUUUGAAUUGUGUCAAGCUUUCAAGAGCCUGUUUUUUAUCGCUGCUGUGUGAAUCAUGUCUGGAUGUGUAUGUAUCUGUUUGUGUGUGUGUAUCUAUUUGCAGCCUUUUCAAUAGCAGUUUCAAGACAGCAAUGCAACUUUCUUUCACUGCAAUACUUUCAGUCAUAUGAUACUUUUUCUUUUUUCUUUGUUUAAUUUAAACCCUUUUUUUUUAUAAAGCACACUUUUAAUAAAAUGAAAUUAUGUUUAUGAAUAACAAGAACCAGAAAACAAUCAUUUUUCUUUCACAGAUGUUGCUUU